AUGUUUCGGUCGCUUCGAGCUGCAAAUGCCUUCGCUAAUAGGACUAAUCUGCUCACAAAAGGACAGCAGAAACGCUUCCUCGCAAUUCACGAGUAUCUGUCUGUGGAAUUGUUGAAUAAAUAUGGCAUCAAAACGCCAAAGGGUGCUGUUGCUAAAACGCCUCAAGAAGCAUAUGAAGUGACCAAGAAACUCGAUGUGGAAGAUACAGUCAUAAAAGCUCAAGUUCUUGCUGGUGGGCGUGGCAAGGGUACUUUUGAUAGUGGCCUAAGAGGUGGCGUUAGACCUAUUUUCUCUCCUGAAGAAGCAAAGAUGUUUGCUGAGCAAAUGCUUGGUCAUAGACUCGUCACUAAACAGACAAGUGCGGAAGGCAAAAUUUGUAAUACGGUUUACAUCUGUGAGCGCAAGUUCGUUCGUCGUGAAUAUUAUUUGGCCAUUCUGGAAGAUCGCAAAACACAAGGCCCUGUGGUUGUUGCGUCGUCGCAAGGGGGUGUUGAUAUUGAGAGUGUGGCAGCCGAGAAUCCGGAUGCGAUCAUAACAUUGCCCGUAAACAUAGACGUUGGACUGACUAGAGAAGAAGCCAAGGCUUUGGUUGAAAAAUUGGGAUUUUCAGCCAAAGUUACGGAUGAGGCCGUUGAUACUAUGAUACAACUUUACCAGUUGUUUUGGGAUAAAGAUGCGACCCAAGUAGAAAUCAAUCCCAUGGCAGAAUCGGCCGAUGGUGAAGUCUUAGCGAUGGAUGCAAAGAUAAAUUUUGACGACAAUGCCGAGUUUCGCCAGAAGGAUAUUUUUGCUCUCCGUGAUACCAGUCAAGAAGACCCACGUGAGGUUAAUGCGAGUAAAUGCAAUUUGAACUAUAUCGGCCUUGACGGUCAAAUUGGAUGUUUAGUGAAUGGUGCUGGGUUAGCUAUGGCAACAAUGGACAUUAUAAAACUUCACGGGGGAGAACCAGCUAACUUCCUUGAUGUUGGCGGAGGAGCAACGACAGAGCAAGUCACCGAAGCUAUGAAGAUUAUUACAUCGGAUCCACAGGUGAACGCGAUAUUGGUGAAUAUAUUUGGUGGAAUUAUGCGAUGCGAUAUUAUUGCACAGGGAAUUAUUCAGGCAGCAUCGCAGCUACAGUUAGCUGUGCCUCUUGUUGUGCGAUUACAAGGUACGAACGAAAACGAGGCUAAGAAGUUAAUUGCUGGUUCAGACCUUCGCAUUAUAACUUGCGAUGAUCUAGAUGAUGCUGCAAUCAAAGCUGUUCAAUUGUCUCAGAUAGUUAAACUUUCACGUGAAGCGAAGGUCGAUGUCAGUUUUCAACUCACCGAGUAG